GUAGAUGACUCUACCAAUGGAGAGGCGUGAAUAUUUUGGCCACAAUGUUGUGAAUUCUCUUAAUAGAAUUUGAGCCUGAGUCUGGCAGGGAGCGGGAAGAACAAGCUAUGCUAAAAGAAAUCGUUAUUACAGAACAGCCAACAUCUGCCUCAGUUCCUCCUGACUACCCUGUUGUCCUUCACUGCAGAGCUGUGUGUCCCACAGAGGCCGUACCUUUACAGUAUCAGUGGUUUCUCUGUCAAGAUGAGGUACCUGGAGCCACACAGCCUGACUUGCAGGUCAUUGCAAAGAAAACACAGGUGUACGUCUGCCGGAUUAAUGAUCGACAUGGCAAUGCAAAGUUUAGUAACUGGGUGAAGAUCCGAGUCAUUCCAGAUGUGAAAGCAGCUAUUCUACCUGAUCUUUGGCAAGGAGAGCCUGUGAUUGUAAUGAACUGUACAGCUAGACAAGUGAAGGAAGGACAUACACUACGUCUUCAGUGUACUGCUCUAGGAAUCCCCGCUCCUACCUCCUACCAGUGGUACAGGAAUGGAAACCCUUUACAGAACCAAAACAGUAAAGAACUGCAGAUUAAAGCUGUGAAAUCCACUGACCAAGGCACAUACCUUUGUUCAGUGAGCAACUGCAGAGGUGAGCACUGGAGUGAACCGAUCGAUGUCACUAUAGAUCCAAGCCAAGAAAGAGGAUUUUUUGCAACUGACAAAGUGGCCCUGCUGAUAGGGAACAACAGCUACAUAAAUCAUCCAAACUUACUUGCCCCAAUGAUGGAUGUCUUUGAACUGGCUGCCCUCUUGAGGCAGCUGAAUUUUCGUGUUGUCUCCCUUCUUGACUUAAAUAAAUCAGAAAUGUCAACAGCUAUAGAACAGUUCCUCCAGCUGUUGGACAAAGGAGUGUAUGCUGUAUUCUACUAUGCUGGUCAUGGAUAUGAACGCUCUGGAAGGAACUACAUGGUCCCAGUUGAAGCUCCGCAGCCAUAUAGACCAGAAGACUGUAUCAGUGUCCAAAGUAUCCUACAGAAGAUGCAAAGAAGACAAACAGCACUCAAUGUUGUAUUGUUGGACACCUGCAGGAAAUGGUACAAUAGUGACUGUCCCUUGUCAGAGGUAACACCUCUUGAGCCUCUAGGAAACACAGUGUUUGCGUAUGCCACGAGUGAAGACGCUGAAGCAUAUGAAGUUCAGGAUGGAGAAUGCAGUUCUGGAAUCUUCAUGAAGUACUUAAAGAAACACAUACUUGAAGACAAGAAAGUCAGCCACAUUCUGGAGGAGGUCUUAGAAGAUAUUGGAAAAGAUCCACUUGUCACUGGAAAGCAGGUGAUGGAGAUUAAGCACACAUUGAAGGAAGGACGAUCACUGAGUGACAAGAUUCACACGUCUGGGCACACAGUGGAGUUUCGACUUCGAAAUGAACUCUGGCAACAAGCCAUUGAGUUCCCUAAAAAGAAAACUGUCCAGUUUCCCUCUGGAGUGCAGGUGGAGCUUAGUUUCAGUGCUGUAUUCUCUAAUCUAAUGCACGUAUUUGCAAAAACGAAGAUUACUCCCAAUGUUUCUGAUUGUAGAGUCCUCAUGUUCAGACCCCCAGACCUGCCUUGUAUGUUGUUAGCAGAUGACAGCAGAGCAGAUUCACUGUUAGCUUCAGCUGAUAACGAUUCUGAUUCUGUCCUCCGACUGUGUGGCCUUCAAAAACUACAGAGUGAUCUGAUUAUAAAAGUGGAUCUGCAUUACAGAGAUCUGGGUAGUAAGCAACGAGUUCAGGAGUCAGUGAAUGUCAAUCUCCGAAAACCUUUAGUGGCAAAAUUAUUCAGCUGUAAGAAGCACGAUUGUUUUCCAGUACAUGAAAAAUCAGACCCUGUCGCUGCCUCACGAAGCCAGGAAGAACCAAGAUGCCAGAGGGUCAUGCCAUGUACCAGUGGUCAGAGCAGGCCAGGAACUCGGCAAGCAGGUACUUACGGUAAUCCUCCCAGUGCAGCAAACUCUACAAGCAAAUCCAGAGAGCCUGAAGAGAAUGAUGAAAGUGAGGAUUUUACCGGCCUUUAACACCACUGUCUGUUUUGAGAGAGUGUAGUACUAGUUCUGGAAGUUUCUAACAACUUGCAUAUGUGCUAAAAGUCACAUCAUGGCCACUGAUGACUACGUGCCUGCUUAAGCCAUGACUUUGCACUCUCAUGGUAUAUAUAGGCUGUACAGGGCAAUAUCAGAAAGUGAAAGAAGCACUGAAAUGUCAAUUUCUGCUUUCAUCCUGCUGAUACUACAUUUCUCUUUGUUAUGGACACUUUUGCUAUUCUGACAUCCAUGUCAUCUUACAGAAUCCCUUUCACAUGAUAGGUACCUGGUUCACAUGCCACAAAACUUUAAGGGAUUUUCAGAGCAAAAUGACUUGGUAUCAAAAACAAAAAAACGUAACUUGUAAAGCUUUCAAAUUAGUGUUCUGUAGUAACUGGGAUAAAAAGUUCUCAUUUAGUUUUGUGUGGACUGUUUUGGCAAGACAUAGUUUAUGGACUAGUCAUUUGCUAGUUACAGCUAUAUAUGCUAUAAGAUUAUUAAAAGAUGUGCCAGUACCUAACUAGAUCAUUGUCCAGAAGGCUGCUUAGCUGGUUCUAGGCAUCAACAAACACUUUAGUUUCUACUGUAAGUGGCAAGGAGUUUUAAUAAUCUGUUCACUUUUUUCAGUGUAUACAUUACCAAAACAUUUAAAAUGGAAGGAUAACUGUAGGCUUCUUGAAAACAAAUGAAGCGUAGUUAGAAGAAAUAAUAGUGAGCGAGAGUGUGUGUGUGUGUGUGUGUGUGUGUGUGUGUGUGUGUGUGUGUGUGAUAUUUUUUCAAACAAAAUUUGAUACACAGCAGUUACAGUGUGCAUUGGUUUACUAUCAUUUUGUUGCAAGUCACCACAUUUUUAAGUAAUUUCAUCGACUCCUAUGGCUGAAAUUGUGAAAGUCGUUUUUACCGUAUGUCAAAAAUGGUAAAAAUGAUGUCUGACAUUCGAACCAGUUCUAGUGUUGCUUUAAAAUCACCGUUCAAAUCAAUGGUGAUUUUGCAAGAAUCAGUCACUUCCUUGCUUUCUGUUUUACACAUUUGGAAGGAUGUGGUUCACUGUUUUUAUCAUUCACCCAUGUGAUUAUGUGAUUUUGGAAUCCACGUGUUAUUCAACAAAAUGUAUAUCUUGAAAUCAGAACCUCUGUCCCCAACAAAAAAAGAACAGCUGAUUUCACCAUGACAGAAGCCUUUUUCUUGGUUGAAGAGAAGAAGCCAACUAGUGUCUUGGUCAACUUAAGUUUGUGGAAUUACAUUCAUGAGCAGUAUCACAUGGCACUGCUUAUCCUGUGGCUAAAUAACUCUGUCUGAUGUCUUGAUGACAUGAUGUCAGGCUGUGAGAUGUAGUUAUUUUACAUAAUAUCACACUCUGAGGUCCUUGACAUGCCCAUAAAAGUAUACAGAAAUAAAAGUUUUGUAAAAUACAGCACAGUGCCUUUCUAAAACUGUGCAUGUAUUACAUCAGAUACUGUUAAAACUGAUACAGUUUCAUGCCGGCUUACAUUUUUAUAUUUGUAGGAAAGCAAUGAAAUAUGUGCAUGCACUUUUUUAUAAAGCAGGAAACUGUUUAUGUUGUAAUUUAAAUCAAUUGCAGUAUUAUUUGUAAAUGAAACAUCUGGAUGUUUAAAAUUUGUCAGAAUGCUAUUUUUGUGAAGAAGAAAUGGUUGUUUCCACUUAAUCAAACCUAGAUGUAGUUCAGCUAUACAUAUUUCAUAAAAAUCAGAAAUGGAUUUGAGAUAGUUGAUGCUUUGCCGUUACAGCCAUUUCCUCACUUUUCUUUUAGAUUGUGAUCUUUUUUCUUCACCUUAUUUUAUCAUGUCCACAUAUGUUCAUGUUCAAGACAGGGAAUGCUUAUCAUUGAAUGUCUGCUACAGGAUGCAAAAAAAUGACAUUAUGCCAUUUAUGAAUGAAGUUCCUGUACAGUAGAUAAUUGGGAUUUCCUCUUCUGAUAUUUCCUUCCAGCUCGGAAGAAUGCCAUAAUUUCUCUAGCCUGUUGCUGUAUUUAUGGUAUGGUUUUAAAUCGAAAUGCAGCAGCAGCACCCCCCCCCCCCAAAAUAUAAAAAUGUAUAGCUGGGUAAUCACUGGUGUUUGUGCUCCAUCAUAAAAAUGGAGGUUAUUUGUGGUGAUUUCUCCAAUCCAAGUGUAUUCAAAGCCAAGUUAGUUUAUAAAUCUGAGUUCCCUUAACUUGAACUGUUUGUAUUUUAUAUUCUUUCUUCCUAGCUAUUUACAUCAAUAUAUGUGAAUAAUUAAGUACAAAUUGCCACUUCUGAUGAUGUUGACACUGAACGAUUGCUGACCACAUGCUGGAAUAUUUAGUAGCCCAACUUCUGUUAAUUUAAAAACAGAAAAUGAAGUAUUCCCAUGAUCAACAAACGUGCUAAA